AUGGAGGACCUCUACCAUGAAUUGUGGGGUAACCAGUCACCUCGGAUCACGGAUUUUACCGUCCCGGUUCCGGAGGUCCAGUAUAGUCCUCUGCCGGGUUUUGGAAUCGGGCUGCACCCUGAUGAAGUUAACCAAUUCCUCCCGCCAAAGGUUUUGGCCAGUACAGAGCACGUAUUCAAUGUACUUAGAGUCAACUCAAUACUUCCAUGUGGGAGAAAUAGACUUCUUGUACGUAAACAAUUCGAAAUCAUCGAGAGCCACCUUCAACACGCCGCGAGUACAAAGUGGAACAAUACCGACCCAAGUACUGGUGAUCCGCAAUGUGGUACAAACCUUGAUUAUAAGGUUUCUGGUCAACCCGGGUCAGGUAUGAUUUCUUAGCUUACUUUUACCACACCCUUAAUCUGACUUGAGAAUAGGAAAAAGUUAUUUUCUUUCCUAUCUCCUCGCUCGCAGGUUGCAGAUGUGCCAGCCCACCGUCUAUCGCCGGAGUGAUGACCAAUGCUUUCUGUUUGAUGAAGGUACAGCGGGACAAGAAGUCAGCGCCAGCAUCCUAUUUCAGCUUACCGAGGAUAAAAAGCGGGAAAUUUGGAUUCUUACGGAUUCAAUAAUGUGUAACCCAUCUUGGCUACUCUGGGACCACAGUUGGUUUGUUGUUAUGGGUAGUUUACCGGCAAAGGUGAACCAAUCCACAAGAUGGGAGAAGGGUAGAAAUUCCGCGGUCUAUUAUGUUGAUAACUGGAAAUGGGGUGAAAUUCUGGCUGGUUUCAGGUAUUCAUUCCUUGUUUUUUUGCUAUACAGUCCCAGCUGGCUUACAAAAAGAGUUGAGAAUCGUAUUGCAUAUGCUCGACAUCCUACCCCCAAUGAAGUUGUAAAACUCUAUACUAUGUUCGUAUGUCUUGGUCCUGUUGCUCGCACUUGCCUGGAAAUAAUUGCUACAGAUUCGCAAAGUAACUACAAUGACAGCCUGCGAGUUUACUUGGGCCAAAUUGACCGCGAAAUUUAUCACUUCAUUUCUAGUGGUGGUUUAAGUAUCAUGGAUGAUAGUGUGAAUCAGGAAUCAUCACACAAGAUAUCCCUCAUGGUUCCCUCAGCCGAUAGUCGUACCUGCACUACUCAAAUCACAACGAGGUGGAUUGCACACAAGAUCUUUGAGGUGGCUCAUCAGCAAUCGCAGCGGGAUUGCUUCCAACUCUACAAAUACCUUUCUAGCCAGCCGCAACUCCGAAGUGCAGCCAGCUGGUUUUUUGAAGGAUACGCUCAUGAUUGGCUUGGACAUGGUGGAUAUUUUAGUGCUGAUAAGCUUCCAAUCCUGGAUAAGCCUUCUUCAAUCCUUGAGUUUCGGAUUGUUGGUUCACAAUCUGCACCACUCAACUACUUCACGACGCCAGCAGAUUUAGCAAAACAAGUCUGCGGAGAAGGACACCAUGGUAUCAAGGUUGGGGUCAUUGGGAAAUAUUUCCUCCCCCGCAGUUGUAACAACGAGUCACUUGAUGGGCUAGCAUUUAGUCACUCGGACACCCUGAUUUUGUUUCAAAUGACUCUGGCCAAGUCCCAUUCGAUCAAACCAGCUGGGGUAAAGGACCUGCUGGAUUUGUUACCUAACACGAUCAGCAAUAUACAACUUGUCUUUGUUGUUCCCCACGAGAGGAUCGGAUCGUAUACCAGCUUGCAAACCGUGCUAUCUCCGGACAGCGUGCGGCCCCAAGGGCCUCCUGUCACCAUCGAGCAGUUUCGCCUAUCAUUUACAGAGGAUAUGAUGAAAGCGACCGUGGUGAACGGGCCUUUUGUGUCCCAUCCAAAAGCGCAAUUCAUUGGUGGUUGCACUAGUGAUGAUGACACAAAGCAUUCACCGCUCCCGGGUAUUAAUUAG